GUGGCACAAAAACACCCUUCGAAAUUUUGUUGUCACAUAUUCAAACUAUGUAUAAUUCAAUAAUGCCAUACGUCUUAGAUAGCACCGAACUUCAUCAAGAAUCAGGUGUUUAUUGGUCAACACCAUAUUUUUGA